AUGCCCAGCAAAGGCAUCACUGUAUACAGUUACAUCGGCGUUCCGGGCUACGAGGUCGGCUUUGCUGUGCCCCAGCAGGAAGUGCUCCAUGAUGCGGCCCACAACUUUACCAGCCGUCAGCUCGAGAUCGACUCGUCGCACAUUCAGGGGCUCGGCAACUUCACAGGUCGCUUCGAAUGGACCGUCUUUCGCUAUGGAGAACGGGUGGCUGGCGCACAUAACGACGUUAACAGUCUAACGGGAAAGAUCGAGGGAGGCACGAUGGUCGCGACACAGGACUUCCACCCGAUCGUGACAGAGGACGCCAUCAUCACUUAUGGCUUCUAUGCCGCGGGUCACGGCGAGGUUGGUCUCACCGAUCGCCAUCAGUGUUAUGUGACCAUCUGCUCCAGAGAAAAUCGGGAGUGGAUGGGAAGUGUGGCUCCUCCAGGAUCCCCUGCUGCACAGCAGCCCUUCUCGCGCUUCGUGCUGGCUGCGCCGCACGACAAUGGAAUGAAUGGGAUGACGGCAUGCGAGGCCAUCUUUCAGCAUCUCGAUUCGGACAUGCUGGCAGUCGUUCGCCGGCUUGUUCCUCUGCUCGAGCACGUCAAUCACGUCCCGGACCACUUCCUCAUGAAGAAGCUACCUCAUAUCGUAUACGGCCUCUCCAUCACCCAAAAGAAAACCGUCUCGACUAUGCUGGCCAUGGGCGCACGGUACUUUGAGUUUCGUCCAGCUAAGCUCCUUCCCAUGUUUCAGAAAGUGUCUGCCCUACGAGACACUUUCUACUUCCAGCAUGCGUGCAUCCCCGGUAUUGCCUUUGACGAGUUCCUCCGCGAGCAGGUUGCCUUCCUGGACGAGAACCAAACGGAGAUUGUCACAAUCCAUAUCCGAUGGGAUAACAUUGUGGCAGACUGCCAGCGGCCCACAGAAGACGAGAUCUCAGACCUGUUUAACGAGGCGUGUGCCAGGGCUGUGCGUAGCCCCCUCACAUGGGGAACACGCGAGUGCUUUGAACAACCGAUCGAGGAUUUGCGCCGCACGGGGACUCGUCUGAUUGUUGUCAUCGAAGCCGACAAGUACGAUAGCUGGACCGCUGAAGCAUACGCAACACUGAGCGCCGACUCGAUAAUUGACCGUUUUGAGUCCAUGACUACCGAGGGACAGGCCGACUCCGACUUGACCAUCCUGCAAUGCCAGGCGACCUCCCAGUCCAUCAAGGAAGUGCUUGUCUACAGCGUCUUCUCUGCAGCAGCGGCUAGCUCUUGUCUCACGUCGACCAAGGGGAUGCUUGACAUGCAAACUUUGCCCUGGAUUAGAAAGAAUGCUCUGGAUAGACUUCGGGCCGAGAGGACUAUUGUUCUCAUGAAUGACUUUAUUGAUGGGGCAACUGUCGACACGUCAAUUAUGCUUUCGCAUCAGCGCUUGUCCUUGUAA